ACUGCCAAAAAAAAAAUAAAAAAAAUAAAUAAAUAAAAAGAAUAGAUGGAUGAGUUUUUGAAGAAGAAAUCAGUGAUAACAUUCUUAACAAUACUAUUUGUGGUUACUUGUUGCUCCGGCGUUCAAAAAGCCGAGGCAAGAAUCAGACGCUACAAAUGGGAGGUUAAGUACGAGCUCAAGUCCCCCGAUUGUUACAAGAAGCUCACAAUCACUAUCAACGGUAGAUCUCCAGGGCCGAGCAUCGUCGCUCGGGAAGGAGAUACAAUCGUGGUUGAGCUCAAAAACAGUUUGUUCACUGAAAAUGUUGCAAUCCAUUGGCAUGGUAUUAGACAGAUUGAUACACCAUGGAUGGAUGGAACAGAAGGGGUAACACAAUGCCCAAUUUUGCCUGCUGACACAUUUGUGUACAAGUUUGUAGUGGACAGGCCUGGAACAUAUUUAUAUCAUGCACAUUACGGCAUGCAAAGAGAGGCUGGUUUGUAUGGAUCGAUUAGAGUAUUGCUCAAUGAAGGAGAGUCAGAGCCAUUCCAAUACGACUAUGAUCGAAGCAUAAUUCUCAAUGAUUGGUAUCACAAGAGCACCCAUGAACUAUCUCUUGGCCUCUCUUCAAUUCCCUUUGCAUGGGUUAAUGAGCCUCAAUCAAUCUUGAUCCAUGGGAGAGGAAAAUUCAAUUGCAACACCGUGGGGACCACAACAAAUCUAUGUAAUACCUCCAACCCGGAAUGUGCACCUUACGCAAUAACGGUUGUACCGGGCAAGACCUACCGUCUCCGGAUCGGCAGCUUGACGGCGCUCUCCGCUCUGAGCUUCGAAAUCGAAGGCCACAACAUGACCGUGGUGGAAGCCGACGGUCAUAACGUCGAUCCAUUCGUCGUCAAAAACCUAUUCAUCUACUCAGGAGAGACCUACUCUGUUCUGGUCACUGCUGACCAGGAUCCUUCUAGAAACUACUGGGCCAGCGCCAAAGUUGUCAGCCGAAAUAGCAGCACGCCAAAUGGCCUUGCUAUCUUCAACUACUACCCCAACCACCCGCGGCGGGACCCACCCACUGUCCCGCCGCCGGGGCCGCACUGGGAUGACGUGGCUCCCAGACUGGCCCAAAGCUACGCCAUCAGGGCGCGGCCAGGGUACAUCCAUCCACCACCCCUGAAGUCCGACCGUACCAUCGUGAUGCUAAACACGCAAAACGAGGUAGGCGGAUACAGGCGGUGGUCGGUCAACAAUGUGUCGUUCAACCUGCCCCACACGCCGUACCUCAUAGCCUACAAGCACAACCUCCUCCACGCCUUCGACCAGCGGCAGCCGCCGGACGGCUACGACUUCGUCAGGUACAACAUCUCCGCUCCCCCUCCGAAUCCCAAUGCCACCAUCAGCAACGCCACGUAUAGACUAGAGUUCAACACCACAAUCGAUGUUGUUUUGCAAAACGCUAACACGAUGAACGUUAACAAUAGCGAGACGCACCCGUGGCAUCUGCAUGGGCACGAUUUUUGGGUGUUGGGAUAUGGCGUGGGGAAGUUUGAUGUGGGUAAGGAUAGCGAGGAAUUCAAUUUGGUGGAUCCCAUCAUGAAGAACACGGUGGCCGUGCACCCGUUUGGGUGGACGGCGUUGAGGUUCCGGGCGAAUAAUCCGGGCGUGUGGGCAUUCCAUUGCCAUAUUGAGUCGCAUUUCUUCAUGGGAAUGGGAGUGGUUUUCGAAGAAGGGGUUGAGAGAGUUGGGGAGUUGCCCUCUUCUAUCAUGGGAUGCGGUGAUACUAAAGGCUUUUACACACCGUAAAAUUAUAUUACAUCCGUUUGCGAUAGAUAUACUCCCUCCGUCCACCAUUAGGAGUCCUUGGGCGGCACGAGUUUUAAGAAAUGUUAAGAAAAGUGGGUGGAAAAAA